CAUUUUGCACAAGGGCAAAGGAACGAGUCAUUGAGGAGACAGGCACAAACAUGGGGAUGUUCACUCUUUUGUUUCUUGCUCUUACAGCGUUACCUUACCUUUCAUUAGCAACAGUUGUGCAAGACUUCAAUCAUGUGGAGAGAUGCAAGGACUCGCUGUACAUGGGAACGCCGCCACGUGGGAUUGUCGAUUUCCGGCUAAAGAAGAUCUGCCAACGCUACGCAGACAAACCUCGAUACGUGACGCUGUACGACCCUCACAAACGGAUCCCGGUUUACUCGGCUUAUACCUUCAAGAAAACAGAGGGAGACAGGCGUGUGGACUACCCUUGGAUGUACGAACCACAGCUGGCAGAAAUCGAUGGAAAUGGGAACAUGUUGCCGUUCCCCACUGGCUACCUCCACAUGAAGUUCGAGGACAGCCAGGCAGUGCUAAACGACUACUCUGACGUUGUGCUUUAUGAAAGAGGUCACUUGAACCCAGACCAGCACCAGUCCACUCCACAUGACCGCGCUGCCACCUACACACUGACUAACGUGGUCCCAGAGAUCCGGGAGUUCAACAUCGGACCGUGGCGUGAGUAUGAGGAGCGAAUCCGAGUACGCCUCAACAACUUCUGCCGUGGCACUGCCUACAUCGUCACCGGAGUGACCACCAGGGGGAACAUGAUUCGUCGCAACAACCAGGACCGGGUGGCCAUCCCCGAAGACAUAUGGUCCGCGUACUGUUGCACCGAGUACGACCGCAACUCUCCCCACGACGUGCGCAUCCUCUUCCCGUCCCAUGCGGCCUUGGCCAAGAACGCCAAAGAGGGGAACAGUGUUCAUGAGAUGACGGUGCAGGAGCUGGAGAUAUUUCUGAAAAACCACAUGGAUGUUGACCAGAACCUUCAGAUCUUCUAUGACAACUGCGUCUCUCCCUCACCUCUCCCGCUGUACCUGCAGCAUACCAUCUGAGGGACAUCCCAUUUACCACGUGUUGAUCUGUUAGACAUGUGUAUGAUGGUGCUAGCUUCAAAAGUUUCUCC